CGUCUCUGCGAGGACCUGCAGAAUUCAGAGAGCAGCCAGCGACGGAGAGCAGACCCACUGACUGCGACAUACACGAUAAUACAGCAAAUACUAGGGAAAAAAAACCCUGUACUCAUCAUUUAACCAUUACGUUACCCCAUAUAGACUCCUGUCACCUGCUAACGUUACAAUGGCUGCGAUUAUAAAAGAAAUGGUCAGCCGGAACAAAAGGAGAUAUCAAGAGGAUGGGUUCGACCUGGACUUAACCUAUAUCUACCCAAACAUCAUCGCAAUGGGCUUUCCAGCAGAGAGACUCGAAGGCGUGUACAGAAACAAUAUAGACGAUGUAGUACGGUUUUUGGAUUCAAAGCAUAAAAACCAUUACAAAAUCUACAACCUCUGCGCAGAAAGACACUAUGAUGCUGCCAAAUUUAACUGCAGAGUUGCACAGUACCCGUUUGAAGACCACAACCCUCCUCAGCUGGAGCUAAUUAAGCCGUUUUGUGAAGACCUGGACCAGUGGCUCAGCGAGAAUGACAAUCACGUGGCGGCCAUCCACUGCAAGGCCGGGAAGGGCCGCACUGGAGUCAUGAUCUGCGCCUAUCUCCUCCAUCGCGGCAAAUUCCUGGAGGCCCAAGAAGCGCUUGACUUUUACGGAGAAGUCAGGACAAGGGACAAGAAGGGAGUAACGAUCCCGAGCCAGCGCCGCUACGUCUACUACUACAGCUACCUACUGAAGAACCAGCUGGAGUACAAGCCGGUGGCUCUCCUCUUCCACAAAAUGGUGUUCGAGACUCUCCCUAUGUUCAGCGGGGGCACCUGCAGGGACAGUACCUUUAAAAACAGGAGCGAGCCGACCCCUCAGGGCUUCAAGAAAGGGAAUUGGCAUUGGGAUCCCCAGUUUGUGGUGUACCAGCUAAAAGUGAAGAUUCACACGUCGAACCCCGCUCAGACGCGGCGCGAGGACAAGCACAUGUUUUUCGAGUUCCCCCAGCCGCUGCCAGUUUGUGGAGACAUCAAAGUGGAGUUCUUCCAUAAACAGAAUAAGAUGAUGAAGAAGGACAAAAUGUUUCACUUCUGGGUGAACACCUUCUUCAUCCCUGGACCAGAGGAGAGCGCGGACAAGAUAGAGAACGGGGCGGUGAACAACGCAGACAGCCAGCAGGGGGUACCGGCACCGGGCCAGGGCCAGCCGCAGAGCGCCGAGUGCAGGGACAGCGGCAGGGAAAGCGACCGGGACAGGGACUACCUCAUCCUGACGCUGACUAAGAACGACUUGGACAAGGCCAACAAAGACAAAGCUAACCGCUACUUCUCGCCAAACUUCAAGGUGAAGUUGUAUUUUACGAAAACCGUGGAGGAGCCUUCGAAUUCUGAGGCAAGCACUUCGACAUCCGUCACCCCGGACGUUAGCGACAAUGAGCCAGACCAUUAUCGAUACUCUGACACCACUGACUCUGAUCCGGAAAAUGAACCUUUUGAUGAAGAGCAGCACACGCAAAUCACAAAAGUGUGAACUCUUUUUAAACAGGAAAAGAAGAAAUUAUACACCAGAAAAAAAGGAGAAAACUUGAAUAUAAACUCAAAAGAAGAACCUUUGUCCCUUCCCUCCCCCAGACGGCAAUAGAAUAUCAUCAUGUCAAAUGCCAAUUUUAGGGAAAAAAAGAUAAAUAUCCUGACCAAUAUAUUGUUUUUUUUAUUUUUCUUUUUUUCUUUGGCAGGGCCAUGUACCAUGUGCGAGGUAUUGACACUGUUGCCCCAUGGGAAAAGGUGCUGUAGCUAUAAAAAUGUUUAUAUAUAUCUAUAUACAUACAUAUAUGUAUAUAUGUAUAUAUACAUGCAUAUACACUUUUUUUUGUGUCAAAGACAAUGGAAAGAGUACCACAAUCAGGAGAUGGGAGUUGAAGUGUGGGAGAAGAUAGAAUGA